UCAAAGUAGAGAGCUAAGUAUAAGAAAUCUGUGAAGAGAAGAAAUGGAGGGGAAGAUGAAGGUGAUGAUGGGUUUGUGGGGAUUUGGGUUACUGUUUUUUCUUGUGAUGUUCAGUAGUGGAAAAACUGUGCAUGGAAUCACAUGCAGCGAAGCCGUAGCUGCAUUGCAGCCAUGUUUUUCCUUCUUGUCGGGCACUGAUCAAUUGCCCAAUGCCCCUUGCUGUAUGGCCGUACAGGCAGUGAACAAAGAGGCUACCACCAAAGAAAUUCGCAAGCAGCUCUGCGAAUGUUUCAAGCAAGCUGGUCCAGCUGCUGGUGUUAAGCCUGAGAAAGCUAAGAAAAUUCCAGAUUUGUGCCAUGUCCAAGUUCCAGUGCCUAUCGACCCCAGCAUCGACUUUAGCAAGUAAACACUAAUUUUGAUAUUCAUGCCUGGCUUCUUCAUCUUCUUCUUGUUCUUGUUCUUUUUUCCUAUGUU